UCUGUACAAGGAGGCCAUGAUGGAGGAGCACCAGCCUCUUAUAUCACAAGAAAAUCCCAGCAAGAAUUCUGAGGAAAAGUUUUUGUUAUCACUAAAGGAUGAAGAUAUCCUGCAGCGGUCUUCAGGAGAAAACAUCAUUACCCCUAAUGUACAUCCAGGACUUCACAAUACAGAUAUAUCCUAUAAUCCUCCUAAUCAUGAGGAACUUUCUCCUGACCAAUCACAGAUUGUUACCACAAGUACAAGUCAGAAAGGGGGUGAAAGGUUUCACUUUGGUAUAGAGUCCACAAAAAGCUCAGGUCUUUUUACAUACAGAGGAAUUCACACAUUAGAGAAGCCACAUUCAUGUUCAGAAUGUGGGAAAUGUUUUAAAUAUAAAUCACAUCUUGUUAUACAUGAAAGAUGCCACACAGGAGAGAAGCCACAUUCAUGUUCUGAAUGUGGGAAAUGUUUUACACAAAAAUCACAUCUUCUUACACAUGAGAGACGUCACACAGGAGAGAUGCCAUAUUCAUGUUUAGAAUGUGGGAAAUAUUUUACACAUAAAUCAAAGCUUGUUACACAUUUAAGAAGUCACACAGGAGAGAAGCCAUAUUCAUGUUCAGAAUGUGGGAAAGGUUUUACACAAAAAUCACAUCUUCUUACACAUGAGAGAUGUCACACAGGAAAGAAGCCACAUUCAUGUUCAGAAUGUGGGAAAUGUUUUACACAAAAAUCACAUCUUCUUACACAUGAGAGAUGUCACACAGGAGAGAAACCAUAUUCAUGUUCAGAAUGUGGGAAAUGUUUUACAUGGAAAUCAUAUCUUGUUAACCAUGAGAGAAUUCACACAGGAGAGAAGCCAUAUUCAUGUUCAGAAUGUGGGAAAUGUUUUACAUGGAAAUCAGAUCUUGUUACACAUAGGAUAAAUCACAGGGAGAAACCAUAUACAUGUUCAGAAUGUGGGAAAUAUUUCACAGAGCAAUCACAGCUUGUUACACAUUCAAGAAGUCACAUAGGAGAGAAGGCAUAUUCAUGUUCAGAAUGUGGGAAAUGUUUUACACAAAAAUCAGACCUUGUUAAACAUGAAAGAUGCCACACAGGGGAGAAACCAUAUUCAUGUUCAGAAUGUGGGAAAUGUUUUACUCAAAAAUCAAAUCUUGUUAAACAUGAAAGAUGCCACACAGGGGAAAAACCAUAUUCAUGUUCAGAAUGUGGGAAAUGUUUUACACAAAAAUCACAUCUUCUUACACAUGAGAAAAUUCACACUGGAAAAAAACCAUAUUUAUGUUCAGAAUGUGGGAAAUGUUUUACAAAUAAAUCACAUCUUGUUACACAUGAGAGAAUUCACACAGGGGAAAAGCCAUAUUCAUGUUCAGAAUGUGGGAAAUGUUUUACACAGAAAUCAAAUCUUAUGAAACAUGAGAGAUGUCACACAGGAGAGAAGCCAUAUUCUUGUCUAGAGUGUGGGAAAUGUUUUACAGGUGAAUCAAGUCUUGUUAGACAUAAGAUAAUUCACACAGGAGAGAAGCCAUAUUCGUGUUCAGAAUGUGGUAAAUGUUUUACACACAAAUCAAGUCUUCUUACACAUGAGCUAAUUCACACUGGAGAAAAACCAUAUUCAUGUUCAGAAUGUGGGAAAUGUUUUACACAGAAAUCAAAUCUUAUUAAACAUGAGAGAUGUCACACAGGAGAGAAGCCAUAUUCUUGUCUAGAGUGUGGGAAAUGUUUUACAGGUGAAUCAAGUCUUGUUAGACAUAUGAGAAUUCACACAGGAGAGAAGCCAUAUUCGUGUUCAGAAUGUGGUAAAUGUUUUACACACAAAUCAAGUCGUAUUACACAUGAGAGAAUUCACACAGGAGAGAAGCCGUAUUCAUGUUCACAAUGUGGGAAAUGUUUUAUAGACAACUCAAAUCUUAUUAGACAUGAGAAAAAUCACAAAAGAGAGAAACAGUAUUCCUGUUCAGAAUGUGUUAAAUCUUUUGCACUGAAAUCAAAUCUUAUUAGACAUGAGAGAAUUCACACAGUCCAAAGCAGCAGCACCCACGGGGAUUUCUAA